UGUCCCCGACAGCGUUUUACAUAUAGGAAGUUCUUCUUUUUUAGUAAUAGCCUAAACUUUGCUCCGCCCGUUUUUGCACGGAGCUCAUGCUGCGAAAACGAUGAUAAUACAACAUGGACUGCAUUUUAAUAUGACAAGCUGUUCUGUGCGGGCUUGCUUUUUAUUUGCGGGACUCAGUGUGAGUUCAUAGCGACGUUAUUUACUUUAAAAAAACAAAAACAUUUAGACCUAUUGCUGCAGCAGACCGACUGUCACUGGCCAAACCCUCCGCAUUUUGCAGCUAGUCUUCAUGCGGAACCCAUAAUUGGAGACCUCACUGUGUCAUCCAUUUAACGCGCGCUCUCACCCGGAGCAGGAACGAUGCAGCGCGAGCGCCUACUCAAAGUUCUGGUCAUCGGCGAUCUUGGAGUCGGUAAAACGUCCAUCAUAAAGCGCUACGUGCACCAGAUCUUCUCCCAGCACUACCGCGCCACCAUCGGAGUAGACUUCGCCCUCAAAGUGCUCAACUGGGAUCACAAGACGGUGGUGCGGCUGCAGCUGUGGGACAUCGCUGGGCAGGAACGCUACGGCAACAUGACCCGUGUGUACUACAGAGAGGCGGUAGGGGCCCUCGUCGUCUUCGACAUGACUAGACUGUCCACGUUUCAGGCUGUCCUCAAGUGGAAAGGAGACCUGGACUCAAAGGUCGCUCUUAGCAACGGGAGGACGGUUCCAGCCGUUCUAUUGGCCAACAAGUGUGACCAGCGGCGUCAGGGUUUGUGCCCCAAGCUGCCCAAACUGGAGAACUUCACCAAAGAGUACGGAUUUGUCGGCUGGUACGAAACCUCGGCCAAGGACAACACCAACAUUGACGCUGCCAUGACGUGCUUGGUGAAGAAUAUCAUGUCUGUGGAGGAGGAGAGAGCCUUAAGUGACGCCACAGCCACUGGCGCCAAAACCGAACUGGAAGGUAACGUUCUGGUUCUGCCUCGCUUCGACUACAAUGCGAAGGAGAAGGGACUCGAUGGGUGUUCAGGAUGUACCUCGCUUAAACCUAAAGACAGAGACAUCGAAUGAAGGAGGAUGGGAUGGAUGGAUCUGAACCAAGAGACUGGAAGGAGACAGAGAGGAGGGAGGAGAUGACGUUGUUGAAUGAUUAAUAUGUUGUAACUUAACGAUCCUUCCCCUCCUCUCUCCCUUUGUCCUCACAAGUGCAUUUCGGCAGAGAUGUUAUAAGGAAAAUGUUUACCAGUAUGCAAUUUUUCUGAACAACCCACAAUAUAAUAAUAUAUUUAUUGUAUUUUUAGAACAGAAAUUGAGUCAAACUUUAGUUCUGUUGUCACAAAAAUCUAAUAAUUUUGGAAAAAAGUGAUUUUAGUAAAAUUAAAAAAAAAUAAUAAUAAUAAUAAUGAAAAAUAAAAGUUAAAUGAAUCAGAAAGAAAAUGUGACUCCUGAAAACCAAAGACAAUAUGACAGAUUCAUUUUUUUCAGUUCUUUUGUUAAUCUGACAUGUAAUUCAAUUCUUUGUUUGUGAAUAACAGAUUAAAACAGUAAUUGUGUAAGUGUUCUAUAUUCAUAAAAGUGCAAUUGUGGUCACAUUGUGGUCUGAUGGGUUUCACUCCCAGGUAAGCUUCCGAAUGCAAAAGUGUUGAGUUUGUUAAGUGUAACUGCAGGUCUAACAAACUUUUAGAGGCAUCAUUUGGAUGUUUUUGUUCAAAGGUGAUAAUCUGUCGUGCAAGUCAUAUUUAUCUGCAUUUUUUUUUUCAUUUCUCUUCCUUUACUCUUUGUCUGUCUCACCGAUAUUAUCUUUGUCUUUUAUGUUCUUUACUGAUACCAUUUUGAUAAUGUCGUCUGUUGCUGGUGUCAUUAAAAAAUACAAAAUAUUAA